UCUUUGCCCCGAACUGCAGCUGUCCGAGGUUAUGGAUAUCAAACAACAUUUCCCAUGAGCCUUUUAGUUGAUGACUUCACAAAACAGGAAGUAAACAUGAAGGAAAAUGUCAUCAAGCGGCUUCCCUGAGCCACGACAGAUCGUAGAGGUUGCAAACCUUUUCUCUUCAAACAGUGAAGUGUAGCAGCAGGAAGCUGUCACAUCCCGUCUGGUGGUGCAGCUGAAGCGUUAGCAUGAUGCUAUGCAGCCUUAGCUGUUCUGCUGGUGUGCCGUUUCCCUGGCCUGCAUGAUCCCUGCUUCUCUCUGUGAACGUGCUCAGGGCCAUGGCUGAGGGGAUGGGACAGAGGAGCCUUAUGGGCAUCGGUGUGCUGCUGGCUUGGCUCUUGCUUUUCCACCUGUUGGUCAAUAUUUGGCUCCUAUGUGUGUUCACCAGCUUGCUGCUGGUGCUCGGAGGUUGGUUUGGCUCCCAGGCUAUCCUAGAGUCCAACAGCUUGGUUCACCUGGAGAGGUUCAUCAGUCUGGAACAGGUUCAGUCAUCUGCGGAGGACGAAGAACAUUUGGACCAGGAGAUCCAUAACACAGUGAGAAAAAUAAUCAGAGACUUUGUCAUUUCAUGGUACUCCACUGUGUCCACAGAGAGUGGUUUUGAAUUAGAAGUUCAGGAAGCCAUGAUCUCUAUGGCCAUGAAGCUGAAACAGCGUGCCAAACACAUUGACAGAAAGGAGCUGACGCAGAAGGUCCUGAACCUGGUGGGCGGCCACCUGCAGGACUACCUCAUGGCCAAGGAGCUGGCCAAAGAAAAACAGCACAGUGAGAGCGAACAGUUGUGGAAAGCGUAUUCCUCUAUCGCCACUCCUCACGUUGCUAUGAGCGACUAUUCAGCAGAAAUCAACUACAUCCGAGCCGUUGUGGCUCUGCUGCUGCAUGUUUUGGUGCCAUCACCUCAUUUAGAAACCAACACAGGACGAUUUGUUGUUGGAGAGCUUAUCACCUCUAAUGUCUUUCUCCCUCUAGUGGCUAAACUGUCAGACCCUGACUGGUUAAACCUCCUGAUCAUAGAAAUCCUCUGUAAGUCCAGCACACGGCUGGACUCUGUUGCAUCCAAACUAGAGACUUGCAGCUUGCCAUUACCUGCUGCUGAAUCUGAGACUCCAACUCUACAGUGUGUAACUCAGGCGAACAGUGAGUCGCUUCAACAAGGAGCAGAGAUGGAGCUGACUGAUGACACGGAAGCUGCUCUACCUGAACUCCAUGCCUACGAUGCAACUGACACAGAGGAGGUGAAGUUCCCCCAGAUUUUCUCUGGAGAAGAGGAAGCUUCUCGACCGUUUUUAAGAUGCUACCUGAGAGGAAGAAAGUCCAACCCAUUUUACCAAGAAACUGACUCUGAUCCUGACUCUCCUUUGGCGGACUACAAACCCACCUCCACUGAUUCUUUGCUCAUGAUAGGUCAAGUAGACACACUGUAUAACAGAUCCAAAAAUUAUAUCACAACUGCUGAGGACAACAAUAGUAUAGACUUGGAAGAGGUUUCCCCAAGCCCAGUGGACGACUCCUAUCCUAAGGUCUUGUUGAAUUCAGUACUUGUGGACAGUCCUAAUGACGGGUGCCUGUCAUCACUCAGGGACACAGAGGUAACUUGCAGUACCAACAGCCUUCAGGAUCUGAAAAGAGAAAACAGUUCCCCUGCAGCAAGUCAAAGCAGAGAGCUUGUCUUGGGUGUAGAGCCGACUGGAUUGGGGAAUCCUAGCGAGCUGAUCAUGGCUAGUCCACUGCAGGGCUGUUCUCCUGUGUCGACAUUCAGUUUUGAGCCCCUUAGCAGUCCAGAAGGACCGAUCAUCAUCCAAAACCUCCGCAUCACUGGUACCAUCACAGCCAGAGAACAUCGUGGCACUGGCUCACACCCAUACACACUUUAUACCAUCAAAUAUGAGACGUCGGUGGGUUAUGAGAACCUGGAAAGCAUCCAAGAAGGCUCUGAGCUUAUAGAGUCAAUAGAGAUAGGCUCAGAGAAUCCAAACCCUAUCCAGCCUGUGGCAUAUCACAUGGUCAACAGAAGAUACAGCGAGUUCCUUAACCUACAGACUCGACUUGAAGAAAAAUCAGAACUGCGGAAAUUCAUCAAAGGUGUGAAAGGUCCAAAGAAAGUUUUUCCUGACAUGCCAUUUGGAAACAUGGACAGUGACAAGAUUGAGGCAAGGAAAGGACUUCUUGAAACCUUCUUAAAGCAACUGUGUUCCAUCUCUGAAAUAGCCAACAGUGAAGAGAUGCAGGAGUUCCUUGCUCUCAACACAGAUGCUAGGAUUGCCUUUGUGAAGAAACCGUUCAUUGUGUCUCGCAUAGACAAGAUUGUGGUGAAUGCUAUUGUAGGCACCCUGAAGACAGCAUUCCCUCACUCUGAACCUCAGAGCCCCACAGAGGACACCGAGUCCGAGGUGGAUGGAGGGAAGAUGGGUACAGACAAGAAGAACCGCUCACGUCUCAAACUCUCCAGCAAAGGCGUCCCUUUCAUGAACGGCUCAGAAAUUAGGCCUCCUGUGUCGUUUGUUUGGGACCAAACCAGCACAGUGUUUAAUGGCAUGACUCUGGUGGAUUUACAAGCCUUCAUUACUGAGGAGGAAAAGUCAUCGCUGAAGGAGGCAGAGAUGGAGGGAGGUCCAGUGUUAGGGCAGUGGGCAGGCUGCCGGGGUCACGGUGUGAGAGCAAAGCACGGUAAGAAACACAACUCAGCAGGUGAAAUGUCCCAGGCCAAGGUGGCUCUGAACAUCCUGUGUCUUCUGAUGAAGGAGCAGUGGAGCUGGCUAUGUUCAAAAAACAUCCAGAGGACUGUCAGGCUGCUGUUUGGAACCCUCAUUAACAGAUGGCUUGACGUGAGUGUAGCCAACCUGACGUGCACCAAGUACUGGGUGGUGUACCUGCAGGUAAUCCAGGAGGCAGUGUGGCCGGGAGGCGCGCUGCCAGCCGCCCCGCCACCUCAUCGCAGCCAGCAGCAGAAAGACAGCAGCAAGCAGCAAGCCUUAGAUGGUCUGAUGAAACUUCUGCCAGAUCUGAUCUCAGAUAUGCUGGGUUCUGAUAAGUACAGGCUGAGCUGGCAGACGGCUCUGGAUUCUUUUCAAGACCCUUACAUUAACAGACACCUGGUCUACUGUAUAUUUGACCUUCUGUUGGACUUCCUGGUUCCUGAAUUACCAGAGGAAGAUUUCCAGAGAAGCCUCCUGCAGACUCUCGCUAAGAACCCAGAAAAGAUGCUGGCUUGAGAAGAGAACUCAAAUGCAGCUCGAUUAUUUUUCUUUCCUUCAGCCUAACUGAUCUGGUGGUGAAAAGCGAGGGGAAUGUUCCUGUUCCAAUAAUGUCGGGUCAUGAGUGUGACGGUUGUUGUUUCUGAUUAUGUUUACCUUCUUCUGUGCACAUUUUAAACUCCUUGGAUCACUUUGGUGACCUGCUAAGGUAACAUAGUUACAUUAGUUACUGAAGUUACUUAACAGUGUUACAUGCAUGUUGAAUUUCAAUCUGCUGUUUAUUGUAAACCACACCCGGUUUGUGUUUGAUCCCAGAGACCAGCGUAUCUUUUGUUCUGAUCCGAACAUGUGGUAAAACCUCACCCAUCUCCAAAUCUGGCCUCUUCCUGCCUGGGUAAUUUGCCAACUUUAACUAAACUGUCUUCAGAUGCUUGAUCACCACCCUUAGCAUGGUGGAAGGCUCACAUCUGGACGACAGCACUCUAAGUUACAUAUUUAACACAAAUUGGAUAUGAACUGAAACACAACGCUGUAGUAGUAGAUUCACAGUUCUACAAUUGCCCAUUGAUGAGUUUGUCAUUGUUUUGUCAGGUGAAAAGAUACCUGUGAUACUACGCAACAUUUCCAUCUGUUGAGUCAUGCUGGCUGUAUUGGUCCAGAUCAACAGCCUUUGCAACAUGUUUAACUGCCAUCUUUUCUUUUUUUAAAGAAAGCUGAAUGUACGGUACAUGGUCUGUUAGAUUCUGAUAAAGUCUGUGAACCCUUUGGUUUACCAGCAUGUGGUGGUAAUGUCUACAGUAUAUACAUAAAAUAGAACAAGAAAAAUGGAAAAAGAUUCCUAGCAUUGCUGAAGCAGUACUUAGGCUCUGCGUUGCUAAAUAUUUGGGUUACUGUGGACAGGGCCCACAGUAAGAUUGACAGCAGUCAAUGUUGCAGACUGCUGUAACAUUGUUCAACUGAAAAACUGAAUGGCCCCUUAUUAAAGAUAUGUGCAUGGUGUACAUCUGCUGCUUUAUAGUUGCAUGGACAGAAACAUUUUCAAUUUUUCAGUAAUUUUAAAUGGCUGCAAUCAGCAGUCUAUACAAAGUGACUACAAUAUGUCGUCUUUCUACUACAGGUGAUGGAAGAUGUUUCAGAAAAAAACUUCAGAAGAUCCAAUCUAUUCCCUUAAGGAUCUUGCUGCAACCUUAUUAAUACAGUUGAAUGUUUUGCACUUUGAAAUGAUUGCCUUAGCAGUUGAUGGCAUUUAUGAGUGACAAAGUACAGAAAGUUUUUUCUCCAAAUAAUAUAAUUAUGUUUGUUACAACACACAUGAUUACUAUUAUUAUGUGUGUCCGUUAGAGACAGGUGGAACUUCAGUGAGUCAGCAGCUCGUUUUCUUCCUCCAAAGCGUCAUGAGCUAAUGAUAGAUGUUACAGAUCGAAUAUCAUUCUGGUGUUCUGCACUCAUUAAGUUGUCUUCAUUUUGCCUUUAAUUCAAUUUUUUCUUUAUAAUUAUUAUUAUUCAGUGUAUUCAUGAACCUGUUUAUUUGAUGCUGUAUAUAAACUAAGCUAGUCUUGACUUUCGUCCAUAAGAUGUGACAAUGCUAACACAUAAACUCUUUCUGACAAUUUAGUUUAGAUUUAUCUUCUUUGUUAGCUUGACAAUAAAUAAAUACAUACAAAAUUCACUAAUUUGUUUUUAGGUAAAAAGCCAAAAAAAAAAAGGUUCUAAGCAACCAGUGCCUGACAGUUGUGGAUUUCUCUUUUGGUAUUUUUAUUUUAUAUAAAUCUAGAUUACUUUUAACUAAUAAGCUAACAGCAGAGUAGGGCCAAGAAGAAAGCCCAUUUCUACUGUCCUAAACCAAUUCUAGUGUAAAACAUUUACACUACAUUGUUGUAGCAUCCAUUUCACGGUCCAUGUUUUGCAUGGUAAAGUCAUUAUGGAUUAUGUUUUCUUUUUUCUACUAAACAAUGAACUCUGAGGUUAUUAGUGGUUUAAUGCAAGUCUGACAGUGGUUAAGAUGUUUUUAAACUUCAUUGCAUGAACUGCUACAACAUUGUCACAGUUUUAGGAUCGUAGAAAUCUGCUUUGGUUUAGAUCUAGCAUGGUUAGCUGUUGGACCUUAGGAGGAUUCUCUGCUUCAAGUGAGAUGUUGACUCCGUGUAACCUCUCAACAAAACCCCACUUUAUAAAAAUAUCUGGGCUGUGUUAGGCAGUUGUAUGUGAGGGAAGGGUCAGUUUCAUCCUGUUACCAGAUGAAAGCUUACAGGAUGCAUGUGAAUUUAUUUGGCAACCAUAUUUUAUGAAGAUUUGUUCAAAAUUGGAUAAAAAUUAAAAUGAAAUAAAAUAAAAGAAUGCAUCUUUUAAUUCUGAUUUCCUAUAAUACAUUAAUAAACAAUGAAUUACCAUUGCAUGGCCAGUGAAAGUUGUAUUUGCUGUAUAGCAUAAUGUACAUAUUGCAGACUGUCACUCAUUUGGUCAGGGCCGUGCAGAGACCUUUGGAAGGCCAAGGGCUCAAAGAUAGAAAGGGCACAUUGAACAAGAUCUUAAAACAUCAUACAUCAUAACAACAACCCAUAUUAGGGUAAAAUCUAAUAUUUAAUCGGAUCAUACUGUAUCAUUGUCAUCAUGCGGGAGCAAUGCAAAGCAAAUGUAGUCUAUGUUUUCCCCAAUAGGUAUAAUUUUCUGCUGCUGACAGAGCUGGAGGGCUGUGUUGAUCUGAUACUGUAGUUUUUAAACAGACCAUUUACAAAAUAAACCUUAAUCAUAUCUGGCUGUUUAACAUCCAUAGCAACUUGGCUGCAGACACUGAAAAAGCUCAGAGGGAUUAACUGUACAUAAUUCUGCAAGAUCCAGAUUUGUAAGGUUGACAAAUAAAUUAUUGUCUUUAGAUUUAGCAUUUAGCAGAAUCUUGAGAAACAUCCAUGUAUUUAAGUUUAGUCAAUUACUGUAACAGUGUCUUCAUAGGUCAGCCUAAAAAAUCUUAAAGGUCUAGGGCCCUAUAAAUGCUUGUAUUGUAACACAAACCAUAUAUCUAAAUCUUUACCGUUUGUUUAUUGAGUAUGACAAUGUAUUCAAUUUUAUUUAAUGGCUUCAACAGAGAUUAAAAAAUAAUUGCACAUUUAGAAUUUAAUUAGGAAGUUUACUUUGUAAAAGUGCAAAGAAUCUUCUUGAUAGUUUGAUUAUGUUACCAUGACUACAAUCUGAUGCUAUCUGUAAUCUUUGUGUUUGAGCUGGGUUUGUUCAGAAAUACAUCACA